UUCUAGAUCUUCAAAUUUUUUAAAUACGAACUCAAACUCAAAUUCUGCAGUUUCUUCAUUGCUUUUAGCUAAUAAAGAAUAUAUUCUUGCUCCUAAUGCAUCGUCUCAAUAUCAAGCUUUAAUCCUAAUUAAAGAAGCUGUAACUAAAGUAAAUAAAUACAAAAAUUUAUUGCUAAAUACUAAUGACAUAGAUCUUAGUCUCAAGCAAAACUUUGAGAAAAAAAAAGAAAAACAACUUAACGAAGAAGGCAUUGCCCAAAUAUUUUCCUACUGUGAAGAUGAUUACAAAACACAAACAAGUGAUUCAUGCAAAAAAACCACCUCAAAAAACCAAAAUCAAACCUCUUUAUCUGAUCUUGAACUUCCUAUCGUGCUAAUUGAACAUGUUGAACUACCUUACUUAUCUACAGAAGAGGUUAUCAAAUUCUUAGAAUAUCUUGACAAUGAUAACCAUCAAAUUCAAUUAAGUAAUUCAAAUAUUAUGGAAGAUUUUUUCAACCUACUCUCUAUUCGUCCAUCACACUAG